AUGAGCGGAAGGGAUUUGUUUACAUUCAAUGCAGAUGCAUGCGUUGACGACGAAGAUGCGGAAGAUGUUGAGUUUGAACAUGAAGAAGAGAAUCCAGACGAGAAGGUAUUCGAAAUCGACAACAACUUCUUCAAAUUUGAAGGAAUGGAUGACGAUUUGGACGAAAUUGCUGCUCCGAGUGAUGCUAAUUCCAAUGUUACUGAUGGAUUAGCUCAAGGGGUCGCAGCUGUUGCAAUUAAUGAAGAGUUGUUCGAUGUUGACGAGGAAUUAGAGGGCUUGACUUCAGACGAAGAUGAGCCGAAGGCGUCUGCAGCGGUCAGCUGA